CCUUUAUGUAAUGUACUAAGCUUUCUUAUUUUCUUUACAGUGACCAAACAGAGAGAUCCAGAGACAGGCCAGCAGAGCCUUCUCUUCCAGAUCGAUUACCCAGAGAUUGCAGAAAGCAUCAUGCCUCGCCAUCGGUUCAUGUCAGCAUAUGAGCAAAGGAUUGAGCCCCCCGAUCGGCGCUGGCAGUACCUCCUGAUGGCAGCAGAGCCCUACGAAACCAUCGCCUUCAAGGUGCCAAGCAGAGAAAUCGACAAAGCGGAGGGAAAGUUUUGGACCCACUGGAACAGGGAAACCAAACAGUUCUUCCUUCAAUUCCACUUCAAAAUGGAGAAGCCCCCAGCUCCCCCCAACCUCCCUCCUGGCCCUCCGACCGUGAAGCGACCUCCUCCACCUCCGCUGAUGAACGGAUUGCCCCGGCCCCCUCUGCCAGACUCGAUGCCUCCACCUCCUCCAGGAGGGAUGACUUUGCCCCCCAUGCCACCCUCUGGACCAGUACCACCUCCUCCAGUGCCACCUCAGCUGCCACCAGCGCCCGGUGUCCCUCCCCCCGCUCCUCUGCCACCCAUGAUGAGACCUCCCCUCCCCACGGAGGGGCCGGGCACUAUUCCCCCUCCUCCUCCCUCCAACUGAAGCCUCUCCAUCCCACCGGACUCGUCUGGCUCAUAGCUUUUUAUAUGCAGGUUACAACUGAUUGGGGUAAAAUAGUCUUAUUUUGUAUGCCAGUGAUUUUGAUUAGAUCCUGUAGAUCCAUUAAAAGGUUUUCACUUUUGUUUUCUCUCUUUC